AUGUCUGCACCCGUCACAGUAGAGGCGCCUCCCGCCACGGAGACGGUGCCUGUCAAGGGCAUGAAAAAGAACGGCAAGCAAUGGCACGACAACAAGGCUCCAUUCCGCCCACGGGCAAACCAAUCUUCGUGGGAGAAGCGCCAGGCAGAGAGGAAGGCUCUUGCUGCAGUCAAGGCAAAGGAAAAGGAGCUCAAGGAGGAGAAGGAGGCAGAGAGACAGCGACGAGUCGAGGCAAUCAAGACCAAACGGGCAGCUAAGGAAGAACGCGAACGCUUUGCCAAGAUGGAGGAGAAGAUGCACAAGAGGCGCGUCGAGCGUCUGAAGAGGAAGGAGAAGCGCAACAAGAUGCUCAAGUCAUGA